AUGGCAGGUCUCCGAGAUGAAAGGGAGGGAUAUGGCGUGGAACAGCUUGAGAACAGCCGGGACAAGUCGCCCAUUGACUCGGAGACCGAGAGCGAGUUCACGCCAGCGGAACAAAAGAAGAUCAUACACCGCAUCGAUCGACGUCUGAUCAUCACGGUUGGGAUCAUGUACUGCAUCUCCCUCAUGGACCGCACGAACUUGUCAGCAGCGGCCAUUGCGGGCAUGAGAGAGGAUCUCACCCUGAUCGGCUUCCGAUACUCCAUCAUCACCCUCGUCUUCUUCAUAACGUACGUACUCUUCCAGCCACCGGCCACAGUAGCGUGCAAGAAGAUCGGACCGAGGAACUUCUUGGCCACUAUCACGUUCUUGUGGGGAUGCGUUAUGAUUGGCAUGGGGUUUGCGAACGAGUGGAGUACGUUGGCUGGAUUGAGAGUCAUACUGGGAGUCUUCGAGGCUGGGUUCUUUCCGGGGUGUGUUUAUCUGUUGUCGACGUGGUAUGCGAGGUAUGAGAUGGGGAAGAGGUAUGCGUACUUCUACCUUAUUGGCAUGUUUGCGAGUGCGUGUUCGGGUAUAUUGGCUUUUGGGUUGAUGCAGAUGGGAGGAUUGGCGGAUUUGGGAGGAUGGAGGUGGAUUUUCAUCAUGGAGGGCAUCCUCACCGUCCUCGUCGCCACAGUCGGUUACUUCUUCCUCGUCCCCUUCCCCGACGACCACCCCGAGAAAUGCUGGGGCUUCCUCAACGCUCGUGAAGUCGCCUUCGUUAUCGCCAGUAUCGAAACAGACCGAGCCGACACCAAGCCUGAACCAUUCUCUCCCGUGAAGUUCUUGCGGCCUGGUCUGGACCCGAAAGUCUGGGGCUUCGCUUUGAUCUUCUGCUGCUUGACAACUGUCACAUAUGCACUAGCCUACUUUCUACCGAUCAUUCUGCGGGAAGGAAUGGGUUUUAGUGUUGGGGCUGCGCAGUGUUUGGCGGCGCCGCCGUAUGCUUUUGCUGGGAUUGUUAUGUGCAUCACGGGCUGGCUCGGAGAUAAGUAUCACAUGCGUGGUCCACUGCUGAUAUUCAACGCCACCCUCUGCAUCAUCGGCCUCGCUCUCAUGGGCUGGGUCGAUGCACUAGGCGUGCGUUACUUCGGCGUCUUCCUGACUUGUGCCGGUGCCAAUGCCAACAUCCCGCAGUGCAUGAGUUACCAAGGCAACAAUAUCCGUGGACAGUGGAAGAGAGCAUUCUGCAGCGCUACGCUUGUGGGAUUUGGCGGCAUUGGAGGUAUUGCCGGAUCGCUCGUCUUCAGAACGCAAGACUCUCCGGAGUACCUGCCAGGACUCUGGGCCUGUAUGGCUGCGUCGUUGAUUAUUAUCGCGACGGUGUGCUGCCUUGAUACUUACUUUUACUUUUGCAAUGCCAAGCAGGCGAGAGGAGAGCUCGCUAUCGAGGGCGCGGAUGAUGGCUUCCGGUAUACGUACUAG